AUGCCAUUACUCUCAUAGCGUCUACAGGAUGCCAUGCAUAGAUUGUAUGUUGGCAGGUGGACGCCAUCUUCAAUGCUGUGAAGUGUAAUAAUACGCCGGAGUUGUCCGAUUAUCUUGCGAACGACAAAAGUUUCGGGACUCCGGUUAAUUGGAAUUCCUUGAAGAUUCCAUGACACCAUGAGUUACCAGAUGCAGCAGCCACAGUCUAGACUUAUAUCACACGGCAAUUACCAACAGCCAAGUGAUCUACCCAUAGGUUCAGCAAAAGAACAAACCAUCAUGUGGCAGCAAAACUCUUACCUGGGUGAUUCAGGUAUCCAUUCUGGAGCCACAACCCAGGCUCCAUCAUUGACUGGAAAAGAAGAAGACAUGGAGUCAGACCAACUGAUGUUUGACUUAGAUCAAGGAUUUGCCCAAGGUUUUACCCAGGACCAAGUUGAUGAGAUGAAUCAGCAAUUGAGUCAGACACGUUCUCAGAGAGUUCGUGCUGCAAUGUUCCCCGAAACUCUAGAAGAAGGCAUAGAGAUUCCAUCCACACAGUUUGAUCCAGCUCAGCCAACUGCAGUUCAACGUCUAGCAGAACCAAGCCAGAUGCUCAAACAUGCAGUAGUCAACCUAAUUAAUUACCAGGAUGAUGCUGAUUUGGCAACUAGAGCAAUACCUGAACUUAUAAAACUGUUGAAUGAUGAAGAUCAGGUUGUAGUUUCUCAAGCUGCAAUGAUGGUUCACCAACUGUCAAGAAAGGAAGCAUCAAGGCAUGCUAUCAUGAACAGUCCACAGAUGGUUGCUGCUUUGGUACGAGCAAUUUCAAAUAGCAAUGAUCUGGAGUCGACAAAAGCAGCUGUUGGUACAUUACACAACUUAUCUCACCAUCGUCAGGGUUUGCUUGCCAUUUUCAAAAGUGGUGGCAUUCCAGCUCUUGUAAAACUGCUCAGCUCGCCUGUUGAGUCUGUACUAUUCUAUGCCAUUACUACACUGCAUAAUCUUCUUUUGCACCAAGAAGGUUCGAAAAUGGCAGUUAGAUUGGCUGGAGGUCUGCAAAAAAUGGUUGCACUGUUGCAGCGGAAUAAUGUGAAAUUUCUUGCCAUAGUAACAGACUGUCUCCAAAUAUUGGCAUAUGGGAACCAAGAAAGUAAACUCAUUAUCUUGGCCUCUCAGGGGCCUGUGGAGUUAGUUCGCAUACUCCGUUCGUAUGAUUAUGAGAAGCUGCUAUGGACAACAUCACGUGUUCUGAAAGUAUUGUCAGUCUGCUCCAGUAACAAGCCAGCAAUUGUUGAAGCUGGAGGCAUGCAAGCAUUAGCUAUGCACCUUGGUCAUCCAAGCCAACGCCUUGUCCAGAACUGCCUGUGGACUCUGCGCAAUCUUUCAGAUGCCGGAACUAAAGUUGAUGGUUUGGAAGGUCUUCUGCAGAGUUUAGUGCAGUUGCUGGCAUCAGCAGAUGUGAAUGUUGUGACAUGUGCUGCUGGUAUUCUCUCAAAUCUCACUUGCAACAACCAGCGGAACAAAGUUACAGUAUGUCAGGUUGGCGGAGUAGAUGCCCUCGUAAAUACCAUUCGAAAUGCUGGUGACCGUGAAGAAAUAACUGAACCUGCGGUAUGUGCACUUCGCCACUUGACAUCUCGUCAUAUUGAAGCAGAAAUGGCACAGAAUGCAGUUCGUGCUAACUAUGGAAUGCAAGUCAUUGUAAAGUUACUGCAGGCACCAUCUCGUUGGCCUCUUGUUAAGGCAGUCAUUGGACUGAUACGAAACUUGGCUCUGUGCCCUGCCAAUCAUGCUCCACUGCGUGAACAUGGUGCAAUUCAUCAUCUUGUGCGACUUCUUAUGAGAGCAUUCCAGGAUACGCAGAGACGUCAGUCUAUAGCCAGCAGUGGCAGCCAGCAGCCAGGAGCUUAUGCUGAUGGUGUUCGCAUGGAAGAAAUUGUUGAAGGAACUGUUGGAGCUUUGCAUAUUUUGGCACGUGAAUCGAACAACAGAGCUAUUAUCCGUGGACAGAUGGUUAUACCAAUCUUUGUUCAGCUUCUGUUUAACGAGAUAGAGAACAUACAGAGAGUUGCUGCAGGAGUCCUCUGCGAACUAGCAGCAGACAAAGAAGGAGCAGAAAUGAUUGAACAAGAAGGUGCCACAGCUCCCCUUACAGAAUUAUUGCAUUCAAGGAAUGAAGGAGUUGCAACCUAUGCCGCAGCUGUUCUAUUCCGAAUGUCUGAAGACAAACCACAAGAUUACAAAAAACGACUGUCAAUGGAGUUAACAAACUCUCUGUUCAGAGAGGAACAAAUUAUGUGGAAUGGAGGUGACAUACCAAUAGGACCAGAUUUGCAGGAUAUGCUUGCACUAGGCCCAGACCAGGGCUAUUCAGCAGUAAUGUAUGGACAGGGACCACCUAGUGUUCACAGCAGUCAUGGAGGUCGUCAGUAUCCGAUGCAAGGCUAUGACACGCUACCAGUAGACUCUAUUCAAGGAUUGGACAUAAACUCUCACCCUGCCACUGGUGGUGGUGGCGGCGUGGUGGAUCCAAUUAUGGACCCAUGGACACUGGAUGUACCAGGUGCUGAAUCAACAGACCUCAACUUUGACCACUUGGAGGAAUUACCACAGCCACCACAGGACAAUAACCAAGUGGCUGCUUGGUAUGACACUGACUUGUAAUUUAGAUUUGGUGCGGUGUCUGUCAGGAGUGUUAUUAACGUGUGUAUGUUUUUAUGUUCAUGGUGAAGUGAGUGACAUUACUUUGCAUGUUAGAAGGUUAUUGUGUGUGGCAGACUGGCUGUACCACAGUGAAGAUAUCUCAUUCACAUGUUAAUUUAGGUUUAUCAUUCCUAUUUCAUGACAGCUUUGUGAGAAUUCAUAACCAAAAUUUUAUAAACAAUUUUGUUGAGUGUUCUCAUAUAAUUUUGAUUCAUUAUUCCAUUUUGUAUGAAUGAAUUGGAAGCAAAUGUUACUGAGUAAUGUAGAUUUUGGAAUAUUAUGUAAACAGAAUGAUGUGUAAGCACUGUCAUUAUGGAAAGAUGAUUUUUUUGCUGCAUUAAUAGCCUCAUAAUUGAUACAUUAGGUGUGUAGAUGCAGUUUUUAAGUGAGAAUUAUGUGUCUCAUUUAAUAAAUUUGUGAGUUUCACGCACAGUUAUUUAAUUAGAUGUAACUGUUAUUGAGCACUGCAGGGGAUAUCAUUAGUUAUUGUUCAUAUCACUCAGUCAUAAAAUUGUGUGUGAUCAUAGUAGCAAAACAUUUAUGUAUGUGUAGUGAAAUCUGCUAUAAUACUGAGUACUUUUAGCUGUGUAAUUCUGCUUCGUGUAUGUUGAAUGGUCCAUUUGCUUUCCUACUUCAGACGAAAAGUAUCUUGGAUAUUCUUUAAUUACAUGUAGGGACCAUAUAUUUUUCUUCUUACUUUAGCCAGAACAUCAAAUAAAGUUAUUAAAUAUAA